GACUCAGAAACAAAACACAAACAGGAUGGUCGGUCACUCACUCAAUGUCAAGAAGAGGAGGCGGAAGACAAGUUACUAAAUACAUUUAAAUGUUGUUUUAUAUGGUUUAUACUGGUGAUAUGUUUUAUUUUUCAUGAUUGAUAAAGAAUUCGGAACACUGUUGUUGUUUUUUACCACGGUCGUGUGUACCCUAUUACACGCAGACCAAGCCCAAGCCGAAUCAAAUUCAAUAUCGAUGAACAGAGCUGUACACAUCCGCAGCCCCCUUGCAAGGGUGAUGUAUACUAAACACAUCCAAGGCCAUUUUGAUAGGAGUAAAGUUGAAAGUUACGCGUACAAAUGGUAUGAAUGCAAUGAUGAAUUAUUUACAAAUGAAAUCAAGAAGAUGUUUGUAAGAUCUCACAAAGAUGAUGAAACAAACAAGUUCUUAGAUGGCUGCUACGAGCAAUCAGACUGGGUAUUUACUCAACUAUCGAAGGCCAUCGCUAAAACAUUCCUUAGUUUAUUUAUGUCACAGACUACAAUCAACGGGUUGCUCCAGAGAGGCUCGAUGUUCGUGUGCUCGUCGGAGCAGUUUCGUACUUUGGCUUCUAUAGAUAAGAAUUGGAAAGCCAGUUCUAUGCUAGAUUUAGGGGCAGGGGACGGGAUGGUGACAAAGUACUUAGCACCUCAUUUUCAAGAGGUUAUUGUAACUGAAAUGUCGACCACGAUGCAAUGGCGUCUGCAGGAGAAGGGUUACAAGGUUGUAGGUGUUGACGAAUGGGCAAACCGUACUUACGAUAUGAUAAGCUGCCUGAAUUUGAUUGACAGAUGUGAUAAACCAAUCACAUUACUCCAUAAUAUUCACAAAGCAUUGAAUCCCGGUGGAAUUGUGAUUUUGGCUGUUGUGAUACCUUACAGACCCUUUGUUGAGUUUGGUUCAUCCAAGAAUUGUCCAUCAGAAUACAUGGAAGUGGAAGGGAAGACAUGGGAGGAGCAGGCACAAAGUCUCAUUACGGAAUACUUCAUUCCAGCUGGCUUUAAACUCCGAUCAUUCACCCGGGUGCCAUACCUGUGUGAGGGUGACAUGCAUAAUCCUUUUUAUGUACUUAGCGAUGCUUUGUUUGUACUUGAGUCUUCUGAAAUUUCCUGCGAAGUUCAGAGUUGCAGUGGACAGCCAACAGAAAAAAUGAUUUAUGAGCAAUCAUGAUAUGACUAUAGAGUACUUCAUUUAAAACAAUGUUGUUAAAGUCAGUGGCAUAUCCAGGAUUUUGAAAACAAGGAUGCUGAAUAGAAAACGGAGAAUAUCAAGUCUUAAAUUGGUUAAUAUUUAAAGCUGGGCAUUUACUGCAUCAUAUGGCCAUCGGCCAAAGAAUUUAACCCUGCUCAGUGUAAGCGCUAGACCAGCGGUUCUCAACCUUUUUUGCAUUCAUGGACUUCUCAAGACAUGUAAAGUCUUCACGGACCGCCAUAUCUGAAGCAGUGCACUCGCUGCCCGGUGGUCGUUGGCCGACACGAUUCUAUGAGGAACGCAAAAUCACAACUUGCGCAACGGAUCGUUUAUGAUGAGGAUCCGUUCAGACCUCCACCGACAAUCAGCAGACAGUAUUGCCGUCUGUCCCUGUAUGCUCACAAAAAACGGAGUUGGAUUCGUUGUACGAUGCAGUGAAUGCCCAGCUUAAGUGUUACUCAUUGUCGAUAUAGAUAGAAGAUGACUCGCCACAAAAAUAACGUUAAAACAGUGGCAGUCCUGGAAAUUUGAAAUAGAUUGGGGCCGAGGUUUUUAUGUCUGUGGCACUUGUAGAUAGCCGAAAAUGGCACUGUCAGACUCAAAAUAUUUGAAUGUAAUUUUCCUUGAUUUCCCAUUUCAAUUUGCUGAAAAUUUAUUGUUGAUAUUCGAUAUUAUAAAAACGAUACCAUACUAUCUGCCGACUGUCUCUAUAGCCCCGCUGGCCUGGGCUCCCCUUCCCCCCACCAAGGUUUUUAAAAUUUAUAUUCAAAUUUUUAAGUCUGCAAGUGCCAUUUCUGGCCAUCUUGAUGUACCAUAAUCAUAAAUUUUCUUGAGGUGGUAUAGACCCUCCAUCUGUAAAAUCCCCUCCCCCUCAGUUCCCCACUACUUUAAAUUUCUGAAUCUGGCACUGAUCCGAGGAUUUGUACACCUAACAUACCAAAAACUCAAAAAAACUCUUUACCCACAGAAAACCCUGUAUACAAGGUGUAACUGCUACUGUUCACACCCCUAAUUGAUGUGUAUUUUAUCUUGGGCUCAAGCAACUGAUUUUUUGUUUAUUUAUUACCGUAUGUGUGCUAUAAAUGUAUUUUCUGAUUAUGUGUGCAUAAAUAAAAUUGGAGGUUAUAAUUACUGAAA